AUGCUUCAACCUUCUAAACUACAAAGUGUUGUUGUCGUCGGCGGAUCUCUAGCCGGAUUGAUGCAUGCUUUGGCCAUCAUGGUCCACUGUCCAAAAGUCAAAGUAACAAUUCUCGAAAGAUCACCUACUGCACUUCUACAUAAUCAGGGCGCAGGAGUGGUCGCUGGAGCCGAUACACAAUCUUUCUUCUCCCACUACGUGUGUCCUGGGCAAGACUUUGCCGUUCUGAGUAAGCAGAGACUGUACCUUGAUCGCAAGGGCGAUGUCAUCCGGGGAAGUGUUGAGAACAAGGAACAACGAAUGACUAGCUGGGAUAGUCUUUACAGAUAUCUCAGAUGGAGGGUGGAUGACAUGGACAUCAAGGACUACAUUUCCGGUCCGGAUCUCAAGAAACUGGAAGACAAACUAUCGAAUGUCAGCCAUGGCACAGCGGGUUAUCAAUACGGCUGCAACGUCAAGUCUGUCGAAGACCUUGGACCCUCGGAGGGUGUUCGCGUACGAUGGAUGAAUAAGUCCGACAAAGAGGUGGAAAUUACGGCAGAUUUGGUGAUCGCCGCCGACGGAGCAAGUUCAUCAAUACGAAGGACAUUGCUCCCAAGUGUCCAACGAACAUACACUGGUUACGUCGCCCUUCGAGGUACCGUGCCCGAGACUCAGAUCUCGGAAUCUGCUGCGAAAGCUUUUGUCGAGAAAUUUGCCUUUUACCACGCCGACGGUACUCAAAUUCUGGCUUACGCAAUCCCAGGAGAGAAUGGCACGCUGGAACCCGGCCAGAGGUUGAUGAACUGGGUCUGGUAUAGAAACUACAAGGAAGACAGUGAUGAGCUGGUGGACCUGAUGACAGGAAAAGAUCAGUCACGUCACCAUGUCACGCUUCCUCCGGACCAGAUGAAGCCUGAAGUCUGGACGAAGCAGCAACGGGAUUCCAAAGAUGUCUUGCCACCUCAGUUCGCUGAGUUGGUUAACAAGACGGUACACCCAUUCGUUCAAGCCAUUACCGACAACAUCUCGCCGAACAACGAAUUCUUUGAUGGAAAGCUGUUACUGGUGGGAGACUCGUUAGCUGGCUUUAGGCCUCAUACUGCAGCUUCAACAAGUCAGGCUGCAUUCGAUGCCUCUACUCUUGGAGAAUGGCUUCAAGGGAACAUCGGUAGAGACGAAUACAACCACAGGGUGUUGAGCUAUGCUGUGGAGACCCAAAGACACGGUGUCGAGCUUGGUGAGAGGAGUCAAUUCGGUAAACAUCCAUUGGCUUGCUAG